AUGUUUCAGGCUCUUUUCCUCGUUCUUCUUGCCAUCAUUUCAACAUCAGCCAGAUCUUUUGAUAACUCAAUAGAGUCACAAGAUGAUUUCAGAAGAGACAACAUUUUACCGCGCCUUUUGUCUCUGGUACAGCAAAGAUUUAACUACGAGAGGAGGUUAAGAGAGCGGGAUUUUGGACUUGGCGAAGAAAGAGAUUUGAACGAAAUAGGAGAACCCGAGAAAAGAUUUAAACCCCUGCCCCAAGGACGAUCAGGUGGCAUGUCUCUUUGUCUGUGGAAGGUUUGUCCGGCAGCUCCAUGGCUCAUGUCCAAACGGCCCCGGGAGAAAUAAGGACGUGCCCACCGGCACAAACUGUGGCCUACUGCAAAUAGACCC